AUGCCGAAGCGCCUGGUGUCGCAGGGAAUGCUCCCGGAUGUGUUCCAGCAGUACAUCAUGAAAUACCUGGACGAUACGGAUUGUAACAUCCUGUCGAGGGUGUCGCACGGGUGCCUGGACGCGGUCAUCGAGAGCGGGCGGGACCCGGUGUGCCCGAUGCGGGUGUCGAGAUUCAUGUCGAGCGUGAGCAUGCUGCAGUGGGCGAAGGAACAGGGCGUGGGAUGGGAUUGGCGAUUGUGUCGAGCGGCGGCGGCGAGUGGGAACAUCGAAGCGCUGAUGUGGUUACGGGAGCAAGGUUUCUAUAGCGGGCCAAAGCCGGGGGAGUGGGGGUACCGGGACGGGUGCCCGUGGACGGCGGAGACGUGCGUGGCGGCGGCGAGAGGGGGGUUCUUGGACAUACUGAAGUGGGCACACGCCAGGGGGUGCCCGCUGAACUCGGCGGUGUUCGCGAACGCGGCGAAUAAUGGACACUUUGAAAUGUUGAAAUGGUUGCGCGAGCACGGGUGCCCGUGGGACGACAUGACGCCGAUUUGCGCGGCGCGGGGCGGGCACUUGGACAUUUUACGCUGGCUCAAAAUCGAGGGAUGCCCGUGGGGAUCGGCCGUGUGCGCAAAGGCGGCGAAGAACGGUCAGCUCGCGGUGUUGAAGUGGUUGAAACGGCACAACUAUCAUUGGCACUCGAGCGCAAUUCAAUACGCCGCGGAGGGCGGGCACUUGGAGGCGCUCAAGUGGCUCCGAGCAGAGGGUGAGCAGUGGGACGAGCAGGCGGUGUGGGACGCAGCGAAGGGAGGUCACUUGCACGUGUUACAGUGGUUGCGCGAACAAGAUUGCCCGUGGCCGCACUCGGCGGGCGACGUCGCCGCGCGCUUUGGGCACCUCGACUGCUUGAAGUUUUUGCACGCGCAAGGGGGUAUCCUUCACGAUUGGACGUGCCAAGAGGCCGCGGUUGGCGGUCACCUGGACAUGUUAAAGUGGCUGCGCAUGCAAGGUUGCCCGUGGAAUGUGAUGACGGCGGUGCAGGCGGCGCGUCACGGCCACCUCGAGGUGCUCAAGUGGGCGCACAAGCAGGGGUGCCCCGUGAACGAACGCGUGUGCGCCGCCGCGGCGUACGGCGGACACGUCGAGUUACUUGAGUACUUGCGCGCCGAAGAGGUGCCGUGGGACGAGCAAACGUGCGCACUUGCGGCGCUCGGCGGUCACCUGAGCGUCCUUCAGUGGGCUCGCGCGAGAGGAUGCCCUUGGAACAUGUACACGUGCGAGUAUAGCGCGUGGGAGGGAAACCUUCACAUUCUCAAGUGGGCGCGUCAACACGGGUGCUUGUGGAACUCUCGAACGUGCGCGUUCGCUGCCAUGGGCGGACACUUGGAUAUUUUGAAGUGGCUUCGACAGCACGGUUGCCCUUGGGAUGGAUGGACGAUUCAAAAAUCGACGGAGGAGGGCAACUUUGAAGUUCGCGACUGGGCCGCAAAGCACGGAUGCACGACAACGUCGGCCUCGACCGAGUUCAACCUCUCCAUCGACCCCAACGACGAAUUUUUACAGGCUUUGGAUGGUUAG